CUCCUGCUGCCCCGCCCAGUAAGUUCGUUCGCACCGCUUCUUCCACACCCUUUAUCCCUCCUCCUUCUCCUCGCCCCGCCUUUCCCCUCCCUUCUCCUCAACCCCUCUAGUUCCUUCCCCGCCUCGCCACCUUCCACGAUCUCGCGAGACUUGACCCAGAACAUUGCGGAUCGGGUCGGCGCCAUUUUGGGACCGAGACUGGUUGUGGGGGAGGGAAAAGCGGCAAAAGGGGAUUAUUCAAAGUACCGAAAACCUCCUCCCGGGAUCGAGCGCAGCGGCACCCCCAGGCCAGGGGCACCUCUGGUGUAGCAGAAGGUGAUUGAACUACUCAUAUAUGAAGAUCAUCUUCUAGGUUUUGUGUAAAAGGCCCCGGAUAUUUGAAGUGGCCAUUUUGGGAUUACAAUGUUUUUGGAUAAUUUUGCCCCAGAAGUUUAUUAGAAGUGGCAAGAAUCAUCUCUGAAGUGAAUUUAUAGUAGUGAACAAUUCUACAAGCUACUAAAAGGACCCAGGCAUUUCUUCAGUAUUUUGGUUCAAACGGAUUAUAUAACUGGUUAAAUUAUUUCAGCUGGUGGUAUUUUUUUUGCCUCUUCCCCCCCCCACCCCUCCCCUGUAGUUGUUCUUAAGCCAAAACUGUAAGAUAUGUGUUGAUUUGUGUACUGAGUAGUUUCGGCAGUUUCAAAUUACUGUUUAAAUAUUGCUGAAGUUUCUUGGCAGUUUAUUUUUACCUUUAUUAAAAGUUUUAGGAAUUUUUGACCUCAGCCCUUUUCAUGUCACAAUGGGACAGCUUUUCUAAAUGAAGACAUUGAAAGAAUACAGAGUUUUUUCCCUUUUAUCUUUUAUUUACGUGGAAAUUUAAGAUGUUGCAGUUUUCCAGCAGCAUGGUAGUAUUGAGAUAGCUAUGUGUCUCUCUAUAUGCUGAUGUUUAGGAAUGCUCUUCAGAUGUGAAAUUUUCUUUUUGUUUUUGCUCUUUGGCUCAUAAAUUGGAUAUUUCAUCUGGAGUGGAUAAGUACAACAGUAACAAGUACAUGGAAUAAUAAAGAAGACUUUAAAAUCUUAAAUCCAAGGAACUUGGCUAAUUCUGGAGAUAGCCAUAUGAAAACUUUAAAACAGAAGUAUGGGUAGCUGACUUGAAGUAACUCUAUGUCAAAUAGUCAUAGGUUAAGUAUCUUCAAAGAACUUGGAUAUUAUUUCAGAGGAUACAAAAUAAAAAAACAAACUGGAAAACAUAAAGAUUACAGAGAAAAACCCAACACCUUCCUGUGCAGUCCUGUUGGAAUUUGGACUUGCCAUGAGGUGUUGAAGCCUUGUUUCACUGAGUUGGAGAGACUGGACCUAAAUGGCGCAGCAUGACUUUGCUCCAGCCUGGCUUAAUUUUCCUACUCCACCAUCAUCAACAAAGUCGUCAAUAAAUUUUGAGAAGCAUUCUGAAAACUUUUCAUGGACAGAAAAUCGUUUUGAUGUGAAUCGUCGACGACACAACUCCUCAGAUGGCUUUGAUUCUGGUAUUGGACGUCCUAAUGGAGGUAAUUUUGGAAGGAAAGAAAAAAAUGGAUGGCGGAUGCAUGGAAGAAAUGGUACUGAAAACAUAAAUCAUCGAGGGGGAUACCAUGGUGGAAGUUCCCGUUCUCGUAGCAAUAUUUUCCAUUCUGGAAAAAGCCAAGGACUACAUGAAAACAGCAUACCUGACAAUGAAACGGGGAGGAAAGAAGACAAGAGAGAACGCAAACAGUUUGAGGCUGAGGAUUUUCCGUCUUUAAAUCCUGAGUAUGAGAGAGAACCAAAUCAGAAUAAAUCUUUAGCUGCAGGUGUAUGGGAAUAUCCUCCGAAUCCUAAAUCUAGAGCUCCAAGGAUGCUGGUCAUUAAGAAAGGUAAUACAAAAGACUUACAGCUAUCUGGAUUCCCAAUGGUAGGAAAUCUUCAAUCACAACCAGUUAAGAACGGGACUGGUCCAAGUGUUUAUAAAGGCUUAGUCCCUAAACCUGCUGCUCCACCUACAAAACCUACACAAUGGAAAAGCCAAACUAAAGAAAAUAAAGUUGGGACUUCUUUCCCUCAUGAGUCUACAUAUGGUGUUGGCAACUUCAAUGCUUUUAAAUCAACUGCCAAGAAUUUUAGUCCAUCAACAACUUCAGUGAAAGAGUGUAAUCGCUCAAAUUCCUCUUCACCUGUUGACAAACUUAAUCAGCAGCCUCGUCUAACCAAACUGACACGUAUGCGCACUGAUAAGAAGAGUGAAUUUUUGAAAGCAUUGAAAAGGGACAGAGUAGAAGAGGAACAUGAAGAUGAAAGUCAUGCUGGCUCAGAGAAGGAUGAGGAUUCAUUUAAUUUGCAUAACAGCAAUAGUACUCACCAAGAAAGGGAUAUAAACCGAAACUUUGAUGAAAAUGAAAUUCCACAGGAGAAUGGCAAUGCCUCUGUAAUUUCUCAGCAGAUCAUUCGGUCUUCAACCUUCCCACAAACCGAUGUUCUUUCCAGUUCACUUGAGGCAGAACACAGAUUGUUAAAGGAGAUGGGCUGGCAAGAAGACAGUGAGAAUGAUGAAACAUGUGCUCCCUUAACUGAGGAUGAAAUGAGAGAAUUCCAAGUUAUUAGUGAACAGUUACAGAAGAAUGGUCUGAGGAAAAAUGGUAUUUUGAAAAAUGGCCUCAUCUGUGACUUCAAGUUUGGACCCUGGAAAAACAGCACUUUCAAACCCACUAUUGAGAAUGAUGACACAGAGACAAGUAGCAGUGACACAUCAGAUGAUGACGAUGUGUGAAGGAUUUCCUAACAGCUUUAGAAAUUUUAGUGUGAUACAUCUCUCAUACAGUUUGGGGUGAAUUGUAAAAAUGAAGAACUAUAAUUUAUGUAGUAAAAUACCCCAUUAGAAGAUGAUUUUUUUUGAGGGACUUCACUAUGAAGAAAACCAAGAAUGUUGUGUUGGGCUGUGUUGAACAUUAUUUCUUUGUAAAUGAAUGUUGUAGAAAUGAGGACUUUGGUUGAUCCAACAUUGACUUUCUUCAUCACUGCAGCAUUUCUCUGACUAGCAAUGUGACGAUGUAACAAAUGAGAUUUUCUCAUUUAAUAAUAAAAAAUUGUGUAAUGUUUUGCAAAGCUUCUGUCUUAAAAUGUCGAACAGGUCUUAAGAAAAAAGGCAGCUUACACUGUUUUGCUUGCAGAGUCCUCUAUCUUUUUCGUACAAUGGAAAUCUUCAAGUCCACUUUGUGCUCCCCGCCCCCAAAAGGACAAUGUAGCAUGUUGGCUAAAACUGGAGCAGAGUGCACUAAAACAUUAAUUUCCUGAACUCAAGUGUUGUACUAGUCACCUUUUAAAACAUAAAUUGCUCUUUAGCCAUUUGUAGUUCGGUAAACGUUACAGGAAAGACUUGACACACUUUCUUCCAAAUUUUAAGAGGUGAUUUUCAAGAACUUUAUUUGGAUAUGUUGUCAGACCAGGACUUUCAGAGUUGAUGGAAGAGUCUUGUGGGAAAACUUAUUUUGAUAAAUUAUUACACAUGCAGAAAAACUGAUCACACUGACUGGAUCUGUCCGCACAUGGAAAAUAAACUGGAUUUUCAGAA